UUAAAAUCAGUGUCAUUAGGUUUUGGCAAACAGAAUAGUAUACAUGAAUAAGUAUAACGUGUGUGCAAGGCCCAGGUUUAACUUUAGUCGCCAUCUUGCAUUUGAGACUGUCAUACAUUUACGUAGAUUAAAAGUGUUGUUAUAAUACGAAAAUUUUACACGGAUAUCUACAACAAGAGUCAUGUCGUCGAAGGUGGCUCCCGAAGCGGAGAAAAAAGACUUCGGAAAACCGAAACAACACGACCCAAAUUUUAAGGGACCAUUGAAGAAUAGAUCUUGUACAGACAUCAUCUGUUGUCUAAUUUUCGUCAUCUUCCUUGGUGUAUUCGCCCUGGUAUCCGCCUAUGCCUUCAUACAGGGUAACCCGUUAUUGCUGUUAUAUCCCGUGGACUCUGACGGUGUCAUGUGUGGAUCCGGUACUAAUGCUGGAAAGGACUACCUGUUUUAUUUCGAUCUUAUCGAUUGUUCAAAGGCAGGGAUAGCCGUCUUCCUGCUGGGAUGUCCUUCACCACAGAUCUGUGUCACCACGUGUCCGUCAUAUUAUUACUCAGUGGCCACGGAUGUGUCGUCAAGCUCAGAUUUGAAAUAUUGUAAAGAAUCUGCCGACAUGAGCAAAGACGUUUACCAACUGAUAUCAGAAGACGAGUGCCCUGCAUACAUUCUCGCCAGCUCCCCAGUGAUCCGCCGCUGUGUACCAACUGUCCUGGUCAACUUCAUCAACAGCAUUGGUGAUUUGGAUAGUAACAUCAACAGCAGCGUGCCCACUACUCUGUCUAGCAAGGAUGGUACAGGUCUGACGGCAAGCAUACUCUCCACAGCAUUAGAUGUGUUUGGCACGUUUAUCAAGGCCAAAGAAUACGCGGAAAAGAUCAUGUCUGAAGUUCUGCGGACGUGGUGGGUCAUCGUUGUCUUUAUGAUCAUUGUCAUGCUGCUGUCCCUGCUUUACAUCGUUCUCCUUCGACUGUUGGCUGGCUUCAUGGUGUGGUUCACCAUCUUCGGGAUGCUUGGGGCAUUUGGAUAUGCCUCCGUUCACCUCCUUAUGUACUACAUGGACUCCUCAAACGACAACGUGGAUAUGACUAUAUAUCUGUCAGUUGGAACAAUCACAUAUUCGAAGUCAAAAAUGUAUCUCACUCUUGGUAUCUUGACUUCUAUCAUAUUUACUAUUAUUCUGGUGAUCACAAUUUUCCUGUGUCAGAGGAUAAGUAUAGCUAUUGGACUGAUCAAAGAAGCCAGCAGAGCAAUCGGGAAAAUAACGUCAGCGCUGGCCUUUCCAAUACUUAUAAUGGUACUCCAAGUAGUGCUUGUUGGCUAUUUUAUCGUGUUCGCGGCUUAUCUUGCCUCGACAGGGCGGACCACGACGUCAAUCGUAAAUUCGACGUCCACAUGGUCUAAUGGCCAGUGGAAUACCGCCGAGAUUGAGUCGCAAGUAUCCAGCUUCAUUGGGUCGACAUGUUCGAAUGGCACCACCUCUAACGCCUGCGACUACUUGAAGAAUGUUGAAGAAAACUUCGUGAUGUACGCCGCAUUAUUCGCCCUCUUCAUGUUUUUCUGGCUUCUGAACUUCAUUAUUGCCCUUGGGCAACUAUCACUAGCUGGGGCAUUCGCGUCCUAUUAUUGGGCAUUCGAUAAGACGAAGAAUGUCCCAACGUUUCCACUUGCGGCGGCCAUGUGGAGAGCAAUUAGGUACCACUUGGGAUCCCUGGCAUUUGGAUCCUUUAUCCUGGCCGUGGUGGCAAUGAUCCGGGUUGUUCUAGAAUACCUAGAUCACAAACUGGGCAAGAGUGAGAACAUUGUAGCAAAAUUCGUUGUCAAGUGUCUGAAGUGCUGCUUCUGGUGUUUGGAGAAGUGUCUGAAAUUCUUAACAAAGAAUGCAUAUAUACAGAUGGCUAUUCACGGAAAGAACUUUUGUUUCUCUGCAAAGGAUGCAUUCUUCGCGAUCAUGAGAAACAUUCUCAGAGUUGCCGUUGUGGAUAAGGUGUCAGAUUUCGUUCUCUUUGUCGGAAAACUAAUCAUCAUUGGACUGGCCGAGGCGUUGGCGUUUUAUGUCUUCAAUUAUCUGGCCGAUGACCUACUGACGGGAUACGUUACUACCACCAACACGUUCAUCGUCUCCUAUUUGAUCAUCCUGGUUUGCGCCUUCACCAUUUCUUCGUGUUUUUUCGACGUCUUCUCUAUGGCCCUUUCCACGCUGUUUAUGUGCUUCUUGGAGGAUAUUGAAAUGAAUGACGGCUCCAUUGAGAAACCUUACUUCAUGAGUAAAGAGUUAAUGAGGGUGCUUGGAGUUAAAAACGUCAUUAUACAAGACAAGCAGAAGAAAGGAGCUGCUCCCUCAGAAAACUUCUGAAUCCAAUUUGUGUUUCGAUAUUUCUGAUGCGGAAUAUUCGUAAAAACAUAUAACUUAUUGUAUUUCUGUCAACAAUACAGGAUGGAUGAAGAUCAUUUGUCAUAUUAUGCAGGACUCCCUUUAUCAUUUCAAUCCAUCGCGGAGGAGAGGAGAAAUCCUAAUUUCAUGGGUAGGUCGUUAAUGACAACAUGAGACAAGUUUAUCCUGACACUUUAUGUUUAUACAGCCAACUAGAACUGUGCAUUCAUUUUUGUCUCCAAUCAUUUGUUAACAGAAGCACUAUAGACAUUUGGGUACUGCAAUAUUGUUCUGGCCAACAGCAGCCGUCACGGUAACUGCAUUAGUAAUAAGGAGUGCCCGUAUGUAAUUGGUAAUUGUCAUGGCACUUGCUUGUAAAGUGUAAACAUGAGUUAUUUAGUGAGCAAGUGGAACAUGGUUGUAUGAAUGGGAACCAGUCAUACUUAGCUCACCUGUGCUAUGUUACAUAACAAACGUUAUCGGCAUUGAAUGUUAAUUGUGCUAAAAUCCAGAGUUUUCCUGAAAUGGCUGAUAUGGGCCACACGAAUGCGUGACAAAGCAACUGCUUUAGUAAAGCAAUUGUCAGAGAAGCGAAUCGACACAUUUGAUCCUGACAAAAAUUAUGUUUACUAAAGCAAAUGCCAUGACUAUUACCUACUGAAUACGGACAAUGCCUUAUUACAAACGGCGCCUGCAGCAACUGUCUGUCAAAAUAGUAAGCGCUCGUGAGUUAAAUAUUCUUCUUAUCGAAGGAAAUGACGCGUCACACGCAUGAUUUCAUAACCAUAUCAGGUGCUUACAAAAAGAGGUGACUGGCUCGUCAUCAAACGUCAAUUCAAAAUCAAAUUGAACGCAGUGUUUUUUCAAAAAAUAAGUAUAAAUCUUCUGUGAAUUUAAUGAAGUCGUCUUUGAAAUCACAUUCUAUUGGAUAAUUUGAAAACUGAUUGUAAUAAAACAAAACUUUGUACAUUGAUGAAAAAACAUUCAAACAGCAAAAUAUAUAUCACAGUCAUUUUGAUAUUGAGUUAUUUACUGUUAUACAAUGAUACAUGCACAGUUUCUUAUUUUUUUAGAAUUUAUUUAUUAAUUUUAUUGUCAUUAUCAAGUUGAGUAUUCCAUUUAUGUCUUUGCAAAUUUCAGUGAGUUCAUGACGACUUCACCACUUAAGGUACUGGCAAAGUUAAAUAGUUGCACUAUAAAUAAUGUAAAAGUUGUACGGACAAGUCAUGGAGAAUGUAAACAUGCAGGUCUUGUUUCGGGUGAAGUUUGAUAUAUGUAUUAAAUUGAUUCACUUAUAACUUACGAGAUAUGGACAUUAUUGAAGAUUAUUCACUUAUCCUCAUUUUAUAUAUAUUUCUCAAUAAGACAAUGAAUCCUCUCCCAAAAGAAAGACGUUUCUUGUUUCUUUCCCUCCUCAUUGUUUUUUCAUGAUUUAAUGAACAAACCAUCGUAAACAAGUGUCCCACUUUUAGGUUUUCAUCAUUUACAAUUUUUCUGUCUUUUGUCAUUGAUAAUUUGUGAGACAUAUAUGUGUCCUCUCACUAAAGUAGGCAAGCAUCGCUCUAAACUGGUACACUAUAAUGAAGAUACUGUUACAUGAUUUCAUUGAUUUGUUAAUUUUCUCAUUACUUUAAAUGUAAUAUUGUUAUCUCUGUGAUGAAGAUUUUGAUAUUUCGCAUGAGUGAAAUAUAUGAUAACUAUUCAAUUCACAGUAAAUGAUGACACUUAUUCAACAAAAGAUUAUUCUGUUAAUUUGUUAUAUUGGGUUAUUUUUCUUUUUAAAGACGUGUGUUUCCAUAAACAGGUGGCAAAAU